AUGUCUGGCUCCGUCCCGUUCUUUGAGUCUGGAGCAGGACUGCUGACUGUAGGCCUGUGUUGCUGUUUGACCGGGUUUAUUGUGUUCUGCUGUAUAGAUACAGUGACACAUCGCAACUAUAAACUACAGAGAACAGAAAAUCUCAGGGAUAUCCUACCUGGAGUUGAACUAAGAGCGCUAAUAGAGAAAGUAAAACCUGGAGAUACAUUUGAAGCAGAAAAGAAAACCUGUUCUCUUCUUGAGAAAGGAACAGUUGGAAUAUUUGGACCAAGAUCUAAACCUAACUCUGAGCAUAUUAAAUCAAUAACUGAUAGCAUGGAGAUACCGUAUAUUGAAACCCGUUGGAACUACAGAUCCCAGGAUGUGAUAGGUUCAGCAGGAGAAUAUGCGUUUAAUUUGCAUCCUGACAUCACUACCCUUGGUUCAGCAUACCUUGAUAUUUUGGAGGCGUACUCUUGGAAAACUAUCACAAUUCUUUAUCAGGAUAAUGAUUCAAUGAUGACUCUGAAGGAAAUAUUUGCUAAAACUGCAACAGUAGCAUCUCCAAACGAAUUUAGGAUUGUGGUAAAACAACUAAUAAAUAAUGAGAACGGAUACAGAGACGUUCUAAAAGAGAUAUUUCAGUCGGAGUCAAACUUUAUCGUCCUGGAGUGUGAAAAGUUUAUUCUAGCGGAGGUCUUGAAGCAAUGUCAGCAGGUUGGUUUGAUCAGUCAUGGAUAUUUCUUCCUGUUAACCAGCCUUGACUCCCAUACAGUCAACCUGGAUGAUUUCAAGCACGGUGGAACCAACUUCUCCGCGCUCCGGAUGAUUGAUAUUGAUAAACCCGAGGUUCAGAACGUGCUCUACAGUAUUGCUCACACAGCAGUUCUGGAGUCCCGAGGGCAACCGGAUAUACAGAUUAGUGGGAACCUUGAUACUGCAACCGCGCUAAUCUACGAUUCCGUCAACGCCUUUGCAAUAGCGCUGCACGAGCUCAGCGCUGUUCAGCAGGUUCGACAGCGUCCAUUAGACUGCUCUGGAAGGAACUCCUGGCCCCAUGGCAACUCCUUGAUCAACUACAUGAAGAUGGUUGAGUUCCAAGGGUUGAGCGGACCAAUUAAGUUUGACGAGUCUGGUUUAAGAACUCAUUUCGCUCUUUCUCUGAUGGAACUCCAGUAUCCAGGACUGGUGUGUGUUGGGACCUGGAAUAGUAUUGAUAGACUCAACCUUGCUCGGGAGGAGAAGGGAGAAGGAAACAUGGGAGAUGUUCAUCCGAUGGCAAACAAAACGUUUGUCAUCACAACUAUCAUUAGAUCAAGUGUGCUAAUUGGCGCCAGGGAUGACCAAGGGCGAGGUUUACGUAUCGGAUAUCACCAUGGACUAACCAGGGCGAGGUUUACGUAUCGGAUAUCACCCUGGAAUAACCAGGGCGAGAUGAGAUUGUUUUUUCUUUUUUCUUUUAAUCGCUUUAUGAGAUAUAGUUCAACAAGUUUGACCCUCGAUCAGUAUACAUGUAUUUUGAACUUUUCUAGGUUUGAAGGGUUUACCUUGGAUCUGGCUCUGGAGCUGUCCAAGAUCUUGCAUUUCAACUUUACAUUCAAACUUGUUGAUGAUGGCUCGUAUGGUAAAGAGAUAAGUCCUGGUAAUUGGAACGGAAUGAUGGGUGAGGUUCUGGACGGAAAAGCAGAUUUUAUCAUCGCUGAUAUAUCUAUUACGAGCCAACGUGCAUCCGCUGUUAAGUUUACAAUGCCCUGGAUGAAUCUAGGGAUAUCUAUCCUCUAUGUUCAACCACGCCCUGCACCGCCAUCUAUGUUGGCAUUUCUGGAUCCUUUCACAACAGAUGUUUACCUGUACACUAUCCUAGUGUUUGUAUUUGUAACCCUGAUUAUAUACGUCCUCGCCAGGUUUUCCCCAAACCAGUGGGAGGAACCUUCAAACUGUAUCAAGGAUCCUGAAGAAUAUGAGAACCAGUACACACUUCUUAAUUCAUUCUGGUUUACAAUGGGAGCUCUCAUGCAGCAGGGUUCAGAUGUUGCUCCGAUAGCACUCUGUGUUAGGUUUGCAGCUGGGAUGUGGUUCUUUUUUGCUCUUAUCAUGAUCUCCUCCUACACAGCAAAUCUGGCGGCGUUCUUGACAGUUGAGACCCUGGAGAGACCAAUAGAAUCUGCAGAGGAUCUUUCUUUCCAGAAUGUGAUUAAAUACGGAGCUGUGACAGGAGGUUCAACUGCAGGAUUCUUCGAAACAUCUAGUAUGGAUACUUAUCAGAGACUGUGGCAGGGGAUGUCAGGAAUUGACAGAGCAGAUGUAAUGGUUGGGUCUAGUCCUGAAGGAGUGGAUAAGGUUGAGGCAAGCAAUGGAAAAUAUGCUUUCUUCAUGGAAUCAUCAGGGAUAGAAUAUCUAGUAGAGAGAAGAUGUAAACUUGCUCAGGUUGGUGGAUUGCUAGAUAGCAAGGGAUAUGGUAUUGCGACUCAUCCAUCUACUCCGUAUAAACAUCUCCUGGAUAAUGCAAUUCUUAAACUGAUGGAAGGAGGAACAUUACAUAAACUCAGAGUUAAAUGGUGGAAGCAGAAACGUGGAGGGGGUGCUUGUGAAUCUAAGGGUGAGGGAGGAGGAGUAUCUCCUCUGGGUCUAGACAACGUUGCUGGAGUAUUUGUUGUCACAAUAUUCGGUUGUCUCAUAGCAUCCGUCUUUGCAAUCCUUUUACAAAAAUCGUCUAAGUAA